AAUAUUUUGGUUUUGCUGGCAUAAACAAUAGGAGAAAUUUUUUAGUUUGAUUUAAACGGAGCUGUUAUAAUAUUAAGUAACCUUAGCCAUGGACACAGAUGCCAUAGUUAUUGAUAUCGAGAAGCAGCAAAGUUGCCGUACUAGCGGUGAUGGCAUGGAGGAGACUGAAAUUUCAACUACAGCGAAAGUGGAACAAGAACCUAAUAAUUCUACCGAUUUCGCUGUAAAGGUCAAGCGACCACAGUUGCCACGUAAGGAUAGCACUGUAGUUCAGGAGGCGGCUAUGGCGCGGAAGACAUCCUCGACAUCCUCCAGUUCGCUGCCCUUGCCUGGACUACAUUCACUAUACCGGCGUCCGGAAAUAGUCAGUCGAAGCAUUGCCCCCUCUAUGCCGAAAGGUGAGCUGGUGCAGCUGAAACCUCGACUUAUAAAUACAACUGAUCCACUGCCUGAACACAAGAAAACCAAGCCACCGAAAUUUGUGCCUUAUGAGCCCUAUCCAGGCGCUGUAAAUCCCAUGACAGGCGCUCAGCAAAACGGACUGCACAAAGUGCCGCGAGUUAACAAAAACAACUUGGACAUUGAUGUGCUAGCUGAUCAAAUAUCCAUAUUGCGAGCACAGGAGUUGUCAGAUGAUAAGGAUAAUGGUAAUACCGAAACUAACAGUGAGGAAUUGGAGCAACUUAAAAAUGAGCUGGCGGAAGUCCGUCGUGAACGUGAUCAUUACCAGGCGCAGUACAAGUUUCAGACGCAGGUGAAUGGCGAGCUUAAAAGUCUCCUGGUAGCUUCUGUGGGUGAGGAUCUGCAGACGCGAGUGAAUGUGUUAACAGAGGAUAAACUGUACUUAGCUCGUGCCUUGUUGGAUACGGCGAAAAACUUAACUACACACACGGAACAAAUUGAGUUUCUUGCCGGACAAUGCGAAGUCUGGCGUUCCAAGUUUUUGUCCAGCAACGUUAUGGUCGAGGAGCUGGCACGUUGGAAAGCUGAUCUUACGCAGAAGAAUCAAAUGCUGAAUGAAUCCACUAAGCAAUUGUUGCAUGCGACACAUCAAAUACGUGAAAUACAAUUAGAAAUGUUGAAGCAAUUGAAGUUUUUAGCCAAAAUACGUUACUUAAAUCUGCCUGCAACGGAUGUAAUAAGCCUGAGUGCGGAGAACUUGAAUAUCUUACAAAGAAUGGUGCUGCACACAGGUGUGGGUAUACCUGAGGAAACACUAAAGCUUUCGAGUGCCACCACCAGUCCACUCUGUGAGGCAGAAAAAUACGCUGUGCAGGCGUUGGAGUUUGUUAGUCAGCCGCUAAUGGCCACGGAUGAAGCCAUACGAGCGCUGUUUGGACAAGUGCAACGACCGUAUUAUAUGCCAACAGGCAGUUCCUUGGAAACCCCACAGACUACAUCUAACGAACAGCAACAACAAUAAUAAUCAUAAGUUGUAUAUUUUUUUAAAAUGCAAUAUUUUAUAUAACCAUAGCAAAUACAAGA